AAGCUGCCGUUUUAGGGAUCCUGGGUUCGUUUCUCUGGAAACGCUGGUUAAUAAUUCUCCAGCAACGCACAGGUGGUCAAUGGCAGGUUUAAAUCUAAACUUUAAAUUUGUACUCCGGGGAAACGCAGCCUGCUUUCGGCUUAGAACUGCGUUUUAACCUGGCGCCGACGGAGAGAAAAAACAGGGAGUUUCUCCGAGGGGAGGAGUGUGGAGCGGAUAGCGCACGGCCGGCGGCUUACGUUUGACUGCUGGGGCAGCAUGAACACCAUAAGGGAAACCGCAAUAAUGAGGCGGUGACAGCGCAGUGCUAAUGUGUGUUCUCCAAAUAAUAACACAACGGGGACAAUAAAAAUAAGAAUGGGAACGAGUCACUCCACAGCAUUAUGGAAACGGUGAAAUAAAGACAACAGGAUUUUACGCUUCCAGGAUGAUCCCGUUUCUGAAUCAAUGUGAACUCUUUUAGUUCGGGACGAAAAGCAAGCCGACAAAUGGUUUCCAUUCAGAGCAGAUUUUUUUCGUUUUAAGUAAAAAAAAAAACUGUUAGUUUUGUUUACUAAUUAGUUGAUGAAAAGUUCUGCACUGCAAUGUCUCUUCCACCACAUUCGGAAACUCGGAAGUUCACACGGGGUCUAAGUAAACCUGGAACUGCGGCCGAGUUGAGGCAAAGCGUGUCCGAGGUUGUCAGGACGUCCGUGCUUGUGGUGAAGCCGAAGCUGAUCGAGCCGCUGGACUAUGAGACCGUUCUGGUGCAGAGGAAGACCCAGAUCCUCAGCGAUGUGCUGCGGGACAUGCUGCAGUUCCCCCUGGAGGACUUCCUGAUAUUAACUCUCAAACGCCAGGGCAGGACGCUGUUCCCCUCGGUGCCCGAAAAUGCGGAGGAGGCGGCGCAGAGCCUGUUCGUGCGGGAGUGCAUCAAGACCUACGUCUCUGACUGGCACGUCCUUAACUACAAGUAUGAAGAUUACUCAGGAGACUUCCGUCAGCUGCCACAUAAGGUGCCCAGGCCGGAGAAGUUGGCGGUCCAUGUGUUUGAGGUGGAUGAAGAUGUGGAUAAAGAUGAGGACACGGCCUCACUGGGGUCGCAGAAGGAUGAGGUAUCCAAACACGGCUGGCUCUACAAAGGCAACAUGAACAGCGCCAUCAGCGUCACCAUGAGGUCUUUUAAGAGGAGAUACUUCCACCUGACCCAGCUGGGGGAUGGCUCGUACAACCUCAACUUCUACAAGGAUGAGAAAAUCUCCAGGGAGCCGAAGGGGACCAUCUUCCUGGAUUCCUGCAUGGGGGUUAUCCAGAACACGAAGGUGCGGCGCUUUGCGUUCGAGCUGAAGAUGCAGGAUAAGAGCACCUACCUGCUGGCGGCCGACAGCGAGGCCGAGAUGGAGGAGUGGAUCAGCACCCUCAACAGGAUCCUCCACAGCAGCUUCGAGAUCGCCAUGCAGGAGAAGAGGAACGGGGACCUGCACGAUGACGAGGAGCUGGGCAAAGCGGACAGCUACUCCGGGAGUUUAGACAGCUUCCAGAGCACGAGAGACAUUGAAUGUAAAAUACGGAGUGAGACCAGGCUGAAGCUGUUCACCUUGGACCCCGACACACAGAAACUGGACUUUUCAGGAAUCGAGCCAGACGUCAAACCGUUUGAGGAGAAGUUUGGGAAGCGCAUUUUGGUGAACUGCAAUGACCUGUCCUUCAACCUGCAGAGCUGUGUGGCGGAGAAUGAGGAGGGGCCAACGACAAAUGUGGAGCCAUUUUACGUCACUCUGUCACUCUUCGACGUCCAGAACAACAGGAAGAUCUCAGCCGAUUUCCACGUGGACCUGAACCACCCCUCGGUUCGACAGAUGGCGUCCAACUCUGGGGGCCAGCUGACGAAUGGGGCCGGAGAUGCCCCCCAAAGUCCCCAGCGGCUGCCCUGUGGCUUACCAGAGGCACUACUGCAAUACCCCAGACAGGGCGUGUUUUCUGUGACGUGUCCGCACCCGGACAUAUUCCUGGUGGCUCGCAUCGAGAAGGUUCUGCAGGGCGGCAUCACACACUGUGCAGAGCCGUACAUGAAGAGCUCGGACUCCAGCAAGGCUGCUCAGAAGGUUCUUAGGAAUGCCAAGCUGGCCUGCAGCAGGUUGGGUCAAUACCGCAUGCCCUUCGCCUGGGCAGCCAGGCCCCUGUUCAGAGACGCGUCGGGGAUCCUGGACAAGUCUGCCCGCUUCUCCGCCCUCUACAGGCAGGACAGCGGGAAACUCUCCAAUGAGGACAUGUUCAAACUGCUGGCGGAUUUCAAAAAGCCAGAGAAGAUGGCCAAGCUUCCUGUAAUCCUAGGAAACCUGGACGUCACCAUCGACAAUGUGGCACCAGACGUGAUGAACUGUGUGACGCCGUCCUACAUCCCAGUGCGGCAGUUUGAGACCAACGGGCGGGGCAACGUCCUGUUUGAGGUGGAAGAGUUCGUUCCCUGCAUUGCCAAGUGCUCCCAGCCCUUCACCACUUACAACAACCACCUGUACCUGUACCCCAAGAGCCUGAAGUACGACGGCCAAAAGGCAUUCGCCAAGGCGAGGAACAUCGCCGUUUGCAUCGAGUUCAGGGAUUCGGACGAGGAGGAGGCCCAGCCCCUCAAGUGUAUAUAUGGCCGUCCCGGGGGACCCCUGUUUGCCAAAAAUGCCUUUGCUACGGUACUGCACCACCAACAGAACCCAGAGUUUUAUGAUGAGGUGAAGAUCGAGCUCCCCAUCCAGCUUCAUGAGAAGCACCACCUGCUCUUCUCCUUCUACCACGUGAGCUGUGACACCAGCAGCAAGGCCAGCACCAAGAGGAAGGAGCAGGUGGAGACCCAGGUGGGGUACGCCUGGCUCCCCUUACUGAAGGACGGCAGGGUGAUCAUGAGUGAGCAGCAGGUCCCCGUGUCGGCCAACCUGCCUGCUGGGUACCUGAGCUCCCAGGAAGGCGCUGGCAAGCAUUCGGGUGCUGAAGUGAAGUGGGUGGACGGGGGAAAACCUUUGUUCAAGGUGUCCACUCACCUGGUUUCCACUGUCUACACUCAGGACCAGCAUCUGCACAAUUUCUUCCACCACUGCCAGAGCGUGGAGCCUGCGGAGGAGGGGGCCGGGGGGGAGCUGGUCAAGUUCCUGAAGAGUCUGCAUGCCAUGGAGAGUCAUGUGAUGAUCAACUUCCUGCCCUCCAUCCUCAACCAGCUGUUCUGCAUUCUGACCAGCUCCACCUAUGAGGACGCCAGCGCCACCCAUGAGGACAUAGCUGUCAACGUCACCAAGGUCAUGAUCCACAUGGUCUCCCUGUGCCACGAGGAGGGCCUGGAGCACUGCCUGCGCUCCUACAUGAAGUACGUGUUUAAGACGGAGCCGUACUCGGCCUCCAGCUUCAGGACGGUGCACGAGGAGCUGGCCAAAGCCAUGACCACCAUCCUCAAGCCCUCUACGGACUUCCUCACCAGCAACAAGCUGCUCAAGUACUCCUGGUAUUUCUUUGAGGCUCUAGUGAAGUCCAUGGCCCAGUAUCUAAUAGAGAGCUCCAAGGUCAGGCUGUCCAGAAACCAGCGUUUCUCAGCCUCGUUCCAUCACACAGUGGAGACGCUGGUUACCAUGCUGAUGCCGCACAUCACCCAGAGGUACAAGGGCAACCUGGACGCUGCCCGCAAUGCCAACCACAGCCUCGCCGUCUUCAUCAAGCGCUGCUUCACCUUCAUGGACAGAGGCUUUGUCUUCAAGCAGAUCAACAACUACGUCAACUGCUUCCUGCCAGGAGACUCCAAGACUCUGUACGAGUUAAAGUUUGAGUUCCUGCGCGUGGUGUGUAACCACGAACACUACAUCCCUCUGAACCUGCCCAUGCCUUUUGGGAAGGGGAGAAUACAGAGGUUUCAAGCUUUUCUGUCUCCCAGCGUGGAGUCACAUGACGGUCCAGUAGAUCUGCAGUUAGACUACUCGCUGACAGAUGACUUCUGUAAGAACCACUUCCUGGUUGGGCUCCUGCUGAGAGAAGUGGGCGGAGCCCUGCAGGAGUUCCGGGAGAUCCGGCAGAUCGCCAUCCAGGUGCUGAAGAACCUGAUGAUUAAGCACACCUUCGACGACCGAUAUGCCUCCAAGAGCCAGCAGGCCAGGCUGGCCACUCUCUACCUGCCUCUGUUUGGCCUGCUGCAGGAGAACGUCCAUCGCCUCAACGUGAGGGAAGUCUCCCCUUUCCCCAUCAGCUUGUCCAACAAUAAUGGGAGAGAGGACUCUAUCCUAUCCGGCUCCCUGGUGACCCCACAGAAAGCAGGGGGCAGCCUGGAGAACAGCAGCCUGCAUAAGGACUUGUUUGGAGUGAUCUCUGGCACAGCCUCUCCUCACGCCUCCUCCACUCCCAACAUUAACUCUGUGCGCCACACCGACUCCCGCGGCUCCCUCAUCAGCACUGACUCCGGGAACAGCCUCGCCGAGAGGAGCAGCGAAAAGGCCUGCUCCCUGGAGAAGAACCAGCCUACCUCAGCCCUGGGGAGCAGCAUCCUGCGCUGUGAAAGGCUGGAGCAGGCCGAGGUCAAGAGCCUGCUCAUGUGCUUCCUGCACGUGCUCAAGAGCAUGUCUGAAGAUGCUUUGUUCACCUACUGGAACAAGGCCAGCUCUGCUGAGCUGAUGGAUUUCUUCACGCUUAUAGAGGUGUGUCUCCACCAGUUCAGGUACAUGGGGAAGCGCUACAUUGCCAGGCACCAGGAGGGGGCGGGGCCCAGCGUGCACGAGCGCAAGUCUCAGACGCUGCCUGUGUCUCGCAGCAGGGCGGGAAUGACGCAUGCCCGCCUGCAGCAGCUCAGCAGCCUGGAUAACUCUUACACCUUUAGCCACACCUAUUCCCACUCCGAUGCUGACGUGCUGAACCAGUCCCUGCUGGAGGGCAACAUCGCCACUGAAGUGUGUCUGACUGUCCUGGACACCCUCAGCAUCUUCAUCAUGGGCUUUAAGACGCAGCUGUGUGCCGACUACGGUCACAACCCCCUGAUGAAGAAGGUGUUCGCAGUCCACCUGUGCUUCCUGAGGAUCAACCAAUCAGAGGCUGCCCUCAAGCAGGUCUUCACCUCUCUGCGCACCUUCAUCUACAAGUUCCCCUGUACGUUUUUCGAGGGGCGUGCAGACAUGUGUGCCUCGUUCUGCUAUGAGAUCCUGAAAUGCUGUAACUCCAAGCUGAGCUCCAUCCGCAGCGACGCCGCCCACCUGCUCUACUUCCUCAUGAAGAGCAACUUCGACUACACAGGCCGCAAGUCCUUUGUGCGGACACACCUGCAGGUGGUGAUCGCUGUCAGUCAGCUGAUCGCUGAUGUCAUCGGAAUCGGCGGAACCCGCUUCCAGCAGUCCCUCUCCAUCAUCAACACCUGCGCAAACAGUGACAAGACCAUCAAGAACACGGCGUUCCCCUCGGACGUGAAGGACCUGACCAAGCGCAUCCGCACGGUGCUGAUGGCCACCGAGCAGAUGAAGGAGCACGAGCGGGACCCCGAGAUGCUGGUGGACCUGCAGUACAGCCUGGCCAAGUCCUACGCCAGCACCCCCGAGCUGCGCAAGACCUGGCUGGACAGCAUGGCGCGCAUCCACGUCAAGAACGGGGACCUGUCCGAGGCAGGAAUGUGCUACGUGCAUGUGGCAGCUCUGGUGGCAGAAUACCUGCGGCGAAAAGCCAUGUUCAAACAGGGCUGCUCGGCUUUCCGGGUGAUCACGCCCAACAUCGACGAGGAGGCAGCCAUGAUGGAGGACGUGGGCAUGCAGGACGUGCACUUUAACGAGGAUGUGCUGGUCGAGCUGCUGGAGGAGUGUGCGGACGGGCUGUGGAAAGCCGAGCGCUAUGAGCUCAUCUCUGACGUCUACAAGCUGAUCAUCCCCAUUUACGAGAAACGCCGCGACUUUGAGAAACUGGCCCACCUGUACGACACGCUGCACCGCGCCUACAGCAAGGUCACCGAGGUCAUGCACACGGGGAAGAGGCUUCUGGGAACGUACUUCAGAGUGGCGUUCUUCGGCCAGGCAGUGCAGUACCAGUUUACUGACAGUGAGAGCGAUACAGAGGGGUACUUUGAGGAUGAGGAUGGUAAAGAGUACAUCUACAAAGAGCCCAAAUUCACCCCCCUCUCAGAAAUCUCCCAGAGGCUGCUGAAGCUGUACUCUGACAAAUUUGGGCCCGAGAACGUGAAGAUGAUCCAGGACUCAGGAAAGGUGAACCCCAAAGACCUGGAUUCCAAGUACGCCUACAUCCAGGUGACCCACGUGACCCCGUUUCUGGAGGAGAAGGAGCUGGCCGACAGGAAGACCGACUUUGAGAGGAGCCACAACAUCCGCCGCUUCGUGUUCGAGACGCCCUUCACCGUGUCCGGCAAGAAGCAGGGUGGGGUGGAGGAGCAGUGCAAGCGUUGCACCAUCCUGACCACCACUCACUGCUUCCCGUACGUGAAGAAGCGCAUCGCGGUGAUGUACCAGCACCAUGCGGAUCUGAACCCCAUCGAGGUGGCCAUCGAUGAGAUGAACAGGAAGGUGGGCGAGCUGCGGGAGCUCUGCUCCACCAGCGAGGUGGACAUGAUCCGCCUGCAGCUCAAACUGCAGGGCAGCAUCAGCGUGCAGGUCAACGCUGGACCCCUUGCGUACGCCAGGGCCUUCCUGGACGAUGGCAGCACCAAGAAGUACCCCGACAACAAAGUCAAACAGCUGAAGGAGGUGUUCAGGCAAUUUGUGGACGCCUGUGGGCAAGGGCUGAGCAUCAAUGAGCGCCUGAUUAAAGAGGACCAGCAGGAGUACCAUGACGAGAUGAAGGUCAGCUACAGAGACCUGGCCAGAGAGCUGUCCAUCAUCAUGCAUGAGCCGAUCUGCACGGUGGAAGAUGGCCUGAAGAACGUCCUGCCGGACUCUCUGCACAUCUUCAACGCCAUCAGUGGCACCCCCACCAGCACCACCAUACAGGGCAUCCCCAGCUCCACCUCUGUGGUCUGAAUUCAACUCUGAUCCUUGAACUUUGACCUACCACUUCCACGGUCUCUGAGAGGGAGAGGGGAGGGGGGGUGGGGAGAGGCAGUCAGCGCUGCCAUGGGACUCACCUGCCCCCCCCCCCCCCCCCAUCUUCACCCCACCUGUUCUCAUUCCCAGGAGCAGGUAACCUGUCUGUGGCAGGCCAAAACCGUAGACGGACAAGCCCUAGACCCUAGACUGUGCAUUUACCCAGAAACUCCUCCUGUCUCACAGAACAGCCAGGUCUGUCUUUCCAUCUCCCCCCUCUCUCUCUCUCUCUCUCUCUCUCUCUCUGUCUGUGGUGAGUGAGUGCAGUGGUGUUUGGGCAGGAAGAGAAAAGGAGGAUGGGAGCAUAAAUGUGGACAAACUGAGUGGGGUGGGAUGGAGUAGGGAACAUUGAGGUGGGAUGGGGCAGAGGGAGAGUUGAGGUGGGGUUGGUAGAGUUAAGUUGAGGUGGGGUGGAGUGGGGUAGGGAACGUUGAGGUGGGAUUAGAUGAGAUGAGUUUAGGUGGGUUGGGUUGGGGUAGGGUGGGAUAGGUCGUGGGGUUGAGGACAAGAAAAAUUUUAACUGUUGUGACGUGUCCCCUCCUGCACUGUGGCAGAGUGGGGGCAGUUGUGACGUGUCCCCUCCUGCACUGUGGCAGUGUGGGGGCAGUUGUGACGUGUCCCCUCCUGCACUGUGGCAGUGUGGGGGCAGUUGUGACGUGUCCCCUCCUGCACUGUGGCAGUGUGGGGGUUUUCUGUGCUGUUUCCUGUGGAGACAUCCAAUAGGGAUCCUUAAGCAAGAGGAUGACUUCAGCCAGGUCAUUUCUCUGCUUCUGUCUGACCUAUUCUUUUCUUUUUCUUCCAUUCCUUUCUUUCUCGUUGUCUUUCCGUAUUAUUUACAGUAGGUCAGGUUAUGGACUGUCAGUACCUUUGUAUGUACAGUAUGCCGGUGUAUGAUAAACCUCGCCUUUGGACAGGAACGGUCCACGUCUCCUGGUGCGUAAUGGACAGUGUUCACUGCACCCUCUUGUGUGUUGGCACCAGUCCCUAUGUAAAUUAAGACAUUAUAUUUCUACACAAACGCAUCUUAUUUCAAAGAGAUUUUAAGUAGCUUUGGUCUUCUGUCUUAUGGAACACUUUGACAUCUUGGAGCUUGCUUUUCCAACGGCCACGGCACCCAGUCUCUGUCCCACUAUUCUUGUACAUAGAAAAGAGGAGUGCAAUAUUUGCCUCUUAUGCAAGGUGUCUUGCUUUGGGGUUCAUACACUGUAAAGAUGACAUUGAUCCUUUAUGCCAAAGCCAUGGAAGUGUAGAUCCAGCGGUGGUCCACACUCAUUUGUACCAUGAAGCGUUUUACCAUUUUAAUGUUAAUGAAAUCAUUUUAUAUUUGGGAAGUGAGGGUUUUUUAUUUUUAUUUAACAGAAAAGUCACUGUUCUGCUGUAUUUAACUGUAAACUGUUCCCUAAUGCUUCUCUUUGAAUUAAAGUUCAUUAAUAUCUCA